AUGAUGCAUAGGUGUAGUAGCGGGUCUUGUUCAUGUGGGUAUUACCACAGUACUCAAACCAAUUCUUCUUUCUCCAUGCUUUUCUCAAUGCCUAAUAAUAGUAAUACUCACAGGCCUUAUGAUGAAACCCCAACCCAUGAAAUGUAUUCCUUUGCUUCCUCUCCUCCGUCUUCUUCCGUUGACUGUACCCUUUCCCUGGGUACCCCGUCGACCCGUUUGACCACUGACCCGGAAAAGCCCCGACGCUCUUCUUACAUGUCUAACUUCUGCUGGGACAUUUUACAGUCUAAACAAUCUUCCCACAAAACUAGCAGCCGCGGUAACCACAACAACAACAACAACUCAUCCGCCGCCGGCGGCGGCGGUGACGGCCUCCUCGCCCGGCGUUGCGCUAAUUGUGACACUACUUCUACUCCGCUUUGGCGAAACGGGCCUAAAGGACCCAAGUCACUUUGCAAUGCCUGUGGAAUUCGGUUUAAGAAGGAAGAGAGGAGGGCGUCGGCGGCGGCGGCGACCACCGGAGACGGGAAUAUUGGCGGUGGAAACGGCGGCGGGAUGAUGGAAAGUCAACAACACAUGUUAAACAGUUCAUGGGUUCAUCAUCACCAGUAUUCACAGACGGCGGCCCAAAAGAUUCCCUACUUCUCAUCGCCUUAUGGAAAUCAUGAAUUCAGGUUCAUUGAAGAUGAGAUUGAUCGUGAUUCUGAUAAUGGCAUUCCCUUCCUUUCUUGGCGUCUCAAUGUCACUGAUCGGCCCGGCCUGGUUCACGACUUCACCAGAUGA